AUGGCGUCGUUGCGCUGGAUGCUGGCUGUACCACUCGCUUCUUUUUCCGGCAUCAGCUUAAGGCUUUGCUCAGAGGAGCUGGUGGAGAGGGCCGACUUACUUUCGAGGUUGACAUCCGAGUACGCCGCCCCCCAUGUUUAUCAAUCAGGCCGUGAGCUCGUGAGCCUUCAAUGCCGAAGAAACUCCAGUCAGCUUCCGGAUGAGUGGCAUAUGGUGAGGUAUGACCUACCUCCCAGCCUUGCGAAGAAACUGCGGCCAGCAGUUCCUCCCAAGUUAUGUCCCAUGUGCAAAGGAGGAGGUGGAUCUGGACCCACUUUGUUUCUCACAGAACGCACUGAUGGUCUUGGGUCUCGCGCGCAGCAGCUGCUUCAUACGCUGGCCUUGGCUUCCUUCCUCCACAUUGAUUUCGGCGGCGUGGUGCCGUCGAAAGAUGAGACACCUCAUGGUGUCAACGCGGCAGGUGCACUUAGCAAACUGCUGGGGUUCGACGUUUCCAAGCUGAGAGUUGGUGCAGACGACGAGUUUGACAUCUGCUUUUAUAGCUUUCCGGACUUCUUGACCGAAACUUUGCAGCACCACUGCCUGCAGUGGCCAUCGCAUUCAAGCAUGAUGGUGGCGGCGUAUGACGUACUGCAUGCGCUUCCGGUCUCGAAUUGGGAACCGGGCUUCCUGGCUCAGCUCCGACGGCAGACGCCGUUGCGCGACUGGCCGCUGAGACACUUCCAACAUGGGGGCCGCCCCAAGGUGGUCAUGCAUGUUCGACGUGGAGAUGUGGUUGGUCGCGGGAGAAAUCUCAGGAACUUUCCGGAUGAUGUCCACUUUCGUUUGGCAGAGCAGAUUCGCCAGGAUUUGCCUCAGGCUGAAGUCCACGUAUUCAGCACCACCAAGGAGGCUCAGGGUCCUGUGGACUUCGCUGGUUACGAGGCACGGGGAAUGAUUGUGCAUCUGGACGGCGAGGAGGUUGACGACUGGGCACACAUGGCGCAGGCUGACAUCCUCGUUGUGGCUCCCAGUGCUUUUUCUUGGGUUGCAGCGCUGAUCAACGAGAAGUGUGUUCUAGCCUUCCAUGGCACGGAAGCUCUGCCUGAUUGGAUCGUACAUACGGGCACCUUGCACGAUGAGCAGCAUGCUCAGCUCGGACGGUGCAUAGACGACCGCAUCUUGACGCAGACCUGA